CUGUAUAAACAAGAGGCUUUCACCGCGCCCACCAGAGCGUGCGAACGGCAAUGUGUCCUCGCAACGGCUAAUAGGACGGGACUUCGCUUACCGUCAGGAAAUGAAAGACAAUUUAUUGAUUAAAUUUUACAUCAAUAAUUGCAUGCGGUAGUGUAUCCAGUUUAGUGUUUAUAGAAUAGUGCUGAUGUUUUUAAACUAGGUAUUUCGUGUAAAUGCUGCUUUUGCAUCCACAGUAGAUCCAAAAUACAGUAUAAGAACAAAAGGUAGACGAUUAGACUAACUGUUAUUAACCUGCCUAUGAAUGACGUCACACGCUUUAAGCCAAUAACAGCUACGAAUUUCGAGUUUUCUGCGAGGUACAGUUCCAACGAUGCUCAGGGUGAAGCAACAAAGCAAUGGAAUUGUAAUAAUGUCACUGAAAACAGUGAUAAUAGCAACAUCCAGUCUAAUGCUAGGCAGCUUCAUUCUAUCCAUUUGGCUGGCAUUGGUAUACAACUAUGAAAGUGCUAUAGGAACACAUUGUAAGGUUGCUAACUACCUUCCGUCUGUCAGUGCGGCCAUAUCUAUCCAGCCUUCCUGCUAUGUUUGGAGGAUAACCAUCGCCCUCUGUAGCCCCACACGGCUGAUGCUAGCCUAUAUGCACUUUAUCUACUUCUACAAUCACCAAUCUCGAGUCAACACUAGUUAUAGAUUUCUCUGUAUUCUGUGCGUGGUUUUUGAAAUUUCAGAAAAUCUGUCUCUAAUUGGUUUAACCUACAUAUCAUCUAGAGACCUAAAAGAAGUCCAUGAGAAGCUGUUCUUGAUUUUCCAAGCAUCAUCUAUGCUAUUUAUGCUCUCAAUGUGUGUUAUGUAUAAACAAUAUACAAAAUAUUCUGACCCUGAAAAUGCAAGGAGUGAAAAAAGGACACUCUAUUCGAAGAUUAGUGUAUUGGUAGUAGAUAUUUUAAGCUUUUUGAUUGCUGUGUAUUUCUUCUUCCGACACAACUGGUACUGCGAGACUGGGGUUUAUACUCUGUUUGCGUUCUUUGAGUACAUCUUAGUUGUCGCCAAUAUCGUCUUUCAUUCGCUUGUAACUUACAAUUUUGUUGAUAGAGACGUAAAAUUUGGAUGUAUAAAAGAAAGUCACUAUGACUGAAUCCUCAUGUUACAACCCCAAGGCAAAUUAAAGAUAUUGGCUGGCCACAAAUAGAACCAAAACAUAGAAAAAACCUCAAGUUACAACCAAAUACACGGUAUAGCGUAUGGCAAGGUGUGGAGAGCAUACUGGUUAGAUGAAAGAACUUCGGUAGAGGAAAGAAUUCAACAACAGCUUGAUGAUGUUUGUGGAGAUAUAUAAAAUGAUAUAAAAAUUAACUGAAUAUAUUUGUAAAGCAUAAUGGUAAAUCCUUGAUCUCAAGUAAACACCAGCGGUGAUUCUGUCAACGGAUCCUGUCAAUGAUGGCCAUGUGUCUUCUUGAGACGACCGCUACUACAACAGUAACUGUAACAGUGUUUUGCCGAAAAGCUGGUGCAAAGCUAUUCCUAUGGUUGAUGGGGACAAUUUCAGGGUUAUGAAUUUUGGAAACACAGGUCGCAUUACUGUACUUGUUAAUAUGAUGGCUUUUAGAAGUACUGUACGAGAACGCGAGACUUCUUUUAAGCCAGCUUGCCUCUAGGCAAACUUGUUUGCGCAAAGCCAAAGCAUUCAACCGUACCCGUGCAGAGUUUAAAUUGCAUGCGCGAGUCCUUCACCAGAUUGUUCGCUUUUUCGCUUUGGUGCUUUGCUUCAGCAAAUUCUGGUAAUCCUAAAUUUUCUGUGUUUUGCGGUGAUUAGUUUACAACAAAGCUUCAUUUUAACCUUUAUUGUAUAUAUUCACUGUUACUGAGAAUGCACACUUUAUAGGUGUGCCUCAAUAUUCACUAAUGAUUCAUGUAGCCUACUUUAAUUGACAAAUAUGAUGCUGACAUCAAUAUCACACUUGUGAAUAUAUGGCAGCUGACUUAACAGGAUGGUGUGUAGUUCUGCGUUGUUUGCAGUUUUUAUAUUAUCUGGGUUAUGUAUAAAUAAUUUGAUAAUUUUUAAAAUUUGUAUUUAUAAAAACCUUGAUUUGAUUUUUAUUGUGACGCUAUACACAGUUUAUUAUUUCACACAUUUGAUAAUUACAUUUUAUCAGCAUUUUUAAUACCUAGUAUUGCUUUUAAUGUAAAAAUUAUAAAAUAUAUUUAACAUCAGAAUAAUGAUGAUUUUGUGCAAUAAAUCGCGAGAAAGAACAAAAAUUUAACCUAUACAGCACUGUAUAUGAUCAAAAAUGUUUCUUCCAAAUUUUUAAGUUCAUUCUGGAAAAGUAAGUUCGGGUAAAAAUUGUAAUCAAGACACAAUAUGGUUUUGUACAUUCAAACUUUUGCUUUAAAGUUUUAUUGGUUGUUAGAAAAAAAAAUUUUGGAUCUGUAGGAGCUUCGAAUGAGGAACAAAAAUACCCCCUUCUCCCACGGCUUGUCUCUUUCUCUUUUUCUUUCUCUGCUCCUAAACUCUGGAACUCUCUGCCUCCUCAAUUACGUAUCAUUUCUGAUCCGCAAUUAUUCAAAUCUACUCUUAAAUCAUUCCUCUUCAAAUAGUUCAACUUCUUUCUAACAUCCUCCAGCGCCGGUGACAAUCCAGUUUUGUUUUUAAAUGUGUAUUAUUAUUAUUAUUAUAUGCCCGACUUACAAAAUUCGUCCAAAAAUCUUACCAGAUCUGUGGGUGAACACCUUAUAUACACGAGAAUAUAUGGUAUCGGUCUAUUAUUGUAAACUAAAAAUUUUGUAAUGUUCGUGCAUGCAAGUUUGAUGUCUAGUGUGAACAAUUUCUUAUUCAAAUUUUUAAAAUAAUUAUACAAGUUUUUAUUUUUGAUCAACUAAAAAGUAAUAGCCAAGUUUUAGAUUAAUCAAAUCAACUAAGGUUCAUUUGAAAUUGUAUGUGAAAGUAGUAAUAAUGGUAAUUAAUAACAUAAUAAUAAACAUAAGGCAGUUGAUUUUUAUUUAUUGACAAAAUAAAUAUUUAAAAAUUGCAAGUAUACAGUAAUUUAGGGUGAAAUUGAUAGAAUUAUACUAUAUUUAGAGUUUUAAUGUGAAAUGUUAUUUAAUUUUUUAAAUUAAUAUUAAAGCAAUAACUAGAUUUAUAUGAAUUUUUUUAUAUGCUUUAACUUGCAUAUUCUGAAAUAAUUAUAUAUUGUAAUAAUAGUAUUAAGUCCAUUUUUAUUUGAUACAUAUUACAAACAACAAAUUUUGAAAUUUCAUGUAGAUAUUUGCAUACAUAUCACAGUCUUUGUAAUUUUGGGAUGUUUGUGAAAGGACGUGAUCCUUAUACUGUAAUAGGAGCGGUUGGCGCACCGGUUGUGGCUUGGACUCCCAACCUUGAGGUCGGGGGUUCGGAACUCUGGCUGUGCAAAUUGCUUGUGUCCUUGGGCAAGGCACUUUAUCUACGGUUGCC